AUGGACUUAUCUUUGGGAUUAGCGCCAACAAAGAAUAAGAGCUCAAACGAAGAACAAGGAGCCUUCCCUCGUCACUCUCCUGCUCAAAGAUUGAGACUCGAAGAAAUAUUUCAAACGAUCAAAUAUCCAACUAAUAAGCAAAAAAGUGAAAUAGCCGAAGAGCUUGGUCUUCAGCCAAAACAAGUGAACUGGUGGUUUACAUACAAAAGAGGUCUGGUUAAGAAUGCUACUCAAAAGGAAGUUAACGCUGCUUUUCGAGCUGAAAUUCAAAUGCUUUUGGAAGAGAAAAGGGAAAUGGAGAGACAAAAUAGAGUAUCUUGCCAAGCAUGCCGUGAUUCACGUUUGAAACAACUUCGGCUUGAAAAUGAACUUCUGAAAGAAAAGGUUUCUUGGAUUGAGCAUGUGGAGGUGGAUUUGAAGAUUCAAACACAUAGUAUGUAUAGAGAUAUUGUCAACAAUGCUAUUGCAUUUGGAGCCGAAAGAUGGCUUAUGGAACUUCGAAGAAUUGGUGAAAGAUGUGGUAGUGCAGCACUUGAAUACAUGCAUUUUUAUGACAAUGGAGUGAUUACUUUACCAGAAGGAAGGAGAUGUGUAAUGAAACUUGCACAUCAGGUGCUUAAGGAGUUCAGUAAAAAUUUAACAAUGUCAAGCAAAUCAGAUUUACCACAAUACAUUGCUGAUACCGAUGAUAGCGGGGUUAGGUUUUCGAUUCCAAAAAAUAGAAACUUAUUUCUGUCAAAUGAUCCAUUCAUUGUUAUUGUUGCUAGCUCCGUUUCCUUACCUCUCCCAUCUCAUACUGUUUUCGACUUCUUAAGAGAUCCUGCAAGACGUUUUGAGUGGGAUAAGUUUUGUGACGGAAAUCCAUGGCAUGAAAUUGCACACAUCUCUACUGGAACUCAUCCCAACCACUAUGUAUCAAUUAUUCAGCCUCUAGUUUCACCUCCCAAAGAUGGUGUGAAGAUUAUUCAAGAAUGUUUCAUAGACCCUUUGGGAUCCUAUGUUGUUUAUUCUCCUCUAAACACACAAGAGUUGAAUAUGGCAAUAAAUGGCCAUGAUUUAUCAAAUGUGUCACUUAUAAUUCCAUCAGGCUUUCUCAUCUCUGAAGAUAGUAAAUCUCUUUCAAAAGAUAGUAAAUCAAGAGGUUCAUUGCUGACAGUGGCUUUUCAAAUGCACAUGCCUGCUCCUCUUAUUACAAAUUUUGAAUCUGCAGCUGAUGCUUCAAAUGCACUCAUGACAACAGUAGUUCAAAGCAUAAAACAUGCUCUACUAAGUGGUUCUGAAUUGAAGUGA